GUUACCAAAGAAGGACUGGAACUCCCAGAAGAUGAAGAGGAGAAAAAGAAACAGGAAGAGAAAAAGACAAAAUUUGAAAACCUCUGCAAAAUUAUGAAAGAUAUUUUGGAGAAAAAGGUUGAAAAGGUGGUUGUAUCAAAUUGACUGGUGAUAUCCCCAUGCUGUAUUGUCACGAGCACAUAUGGGUGGACAGCAAACAUGGAGGGAAUCAUGAAAGCUCAAGCCCUCAGAGACAACUCAACAAUGGGUUACAUGGCAGCAAAGAAGCACCUGGAGAUAAACCCUGACCACUCCAUUAUUGAAACCCUACGGCAAAAGGCAGAGGCUGACAAGAAUCACAAGUCUGUGAAGGAUCUGGUCAUCUUGUUGUAUGAAACUGCACUCCUGUCUUCUGGCUUUAGUCUGGAAGAUCCCCAGACACAUGCUAACAGGAUCUACAGAAUGAUCAAGCUUGGUCUAGGUAUUGAUGAAGAUGAUCCUACUGUGGAUGAUACCACUGCUGCUGUAACUGAAGAGAUGCCACCCCUGGAAGAAGAUGACGACACAUUGCGCAUGGAAGAAGUAGACUAAACUUCACCAGAACUUUGUUUGACGCUUACCUUCAUUCCUUCUCUGAUAAUAUAUAUUCCAGGAUUUUUGUUUAUUUUUGUUAACAUUUAAAACAUCUGUGUGGCAUGUAAACUAAGGGGAAGAUAAAAUUUCUUUCUACUUGUGAUACUAUGAUACUAUAGGUUUAAUUCAGCAGGUUGGUAGAACGUUUGUUGUUAAGACGUAAUGUAACCUAAUAACUUUGUGGUCUGAAGUGUUUAGCUGUUCAGAAGCUGGAUUCCUUAGUAGACCAAAUAAUUUGUCACUUGGGAGUAUUCUGAGAUUUAGCUUCAUGUUUAAAAGGAAAAAAUUAAGAUGGCUUAAGUUUCAUCUUAAAAUUUUUCAUCCCCUGUAGUCAUUCUGCAUGUUGUAGUCUUAGAAGAAUACAAGCUAAAACAGAAGAAUUCCCCAUGUGGCUUGUUUUCCAAAGUACUGAGAACAAAACCCUAUGCUUCCCUAGGUCUUGUAACCCUUCAAGUCUGAAUGGAAAUAUAGUGCUUGGUCAUAUUCUA